GCAAUUGGGUGGGAAGAUACAUGUAUGGCUUACCUGUCAUCGGGUGGGCUAAUACUUGCCUCCGUGUCCUUUAUAAAAUCAUGAAUUUACGUCAUGUAAUUAGUAACAUUUGGUAAUUUUAUUAAAGGACAUGGAGGCUCAUAUUAGGCUAGUUUAAAGCUGUGAGAUGACCAUAGACAAGAUAUGUUCUGUUGGCCGAAAAUAGUAUUCUUUAAACGUCGAUUCUCAGGACCAAUCAGCUGUGCGGAGAAGGUCCUCCAGUUUACAACCAAUUGAGAAUGCUUUAGAGGCCAUAGCGCCUCUAGUAGAAUGUGCUCCAUAAACUGAUGUGUUGAUGCCAGCAGCUGACAUUAUCCAUUUCACCCAGCAUGCCAGAGUUACCGUGGAUACUGGGUGAUGAGGUUUCCUCAACCGCCAAGAAUAGGUUGUGUGUUGUAGGGUUCCGAACUGGCAGAGGUUAGUGUUGUGAGGAAAUGAUGGGUAGAAGACUGACGUGAUUUUUGACUUCGUACGUCUGGUGAUAUUAAACAGGACACCAUGUGGGGUGAAGGACCGUGCAUCGCUAUCCAGGGCUCGAACUUCUGAAACCCUUUUGCAGGAAAUUAAGCACAAGAGCAUAGCCAAUUUUGUGGACACUUGCUUGAGUGUGAGAUCCGAGUUUGGAGGCCAGUCUUCCAGUAAGCGAAGGACCUUAUUAACAUCCCAUAAGGCUGUAUAUCGGGGUUGUGGUGGCCGCACAAAUUUUAUGCCUUGUAAAAGGCGACAAACCAAUAAAUGCUUCCCAGCUGGGAAACCCUCCCAUCCAAUGUGGCCGGCUGAGAUCACCUAUCUGUACACAUUUAUGGUGCGGUAGGCCAAACCUUGGUUAUACAGGGUAGUAAGGAAAACCAGGACGUGAUUUACAGGAGCAGGUAGGGGAUCCACGUGUUGUUCCACGCACCAACUACACCAUGUGUUCAAGGCAUGAGUGUAGGAUCGUCUUGUUCCUGGGGCCCAAGCUCCCGCCAGUAAGUCCAAAUUUGUUCGUGGAGCGUUCGGCAGGGACCAGGGUCCCCAGAGAGAAAUCACGCUAGAAGUCUGAGGUGGCCUUGUAUCAGAAGUGGGUGAGAGUUCCCAUCGGGGUAUGAUAAUAGGUCCGUGGUUCCUGGGAUCAGUCUGGGAAGGUCAAUAGACAUUUCCAUGAGUGAAGGGAACCAAGGUUGUGUCAUCCAGAACGGUGUUAUUAAAACUAGCGAUGUUCGGGAGCGUUGUGGGUGUAAGAGAGUUUGUGCUAUGAGUGAGAAGGAAGGGAAGGCAUAGAGACGGUCGUUUGGCCAGUUUUGUAGGAAGGUGUCCACUGCCAAGGCGCCUGGGUCCGGUCUCCAGCUGAAGAACGAAGGAAGUUGAGCAUUCAGCCGGGAGGCAGAGAGGUAGAUGUGCAUCGGGCCCCAGAGUUGUUGGAGUUUUUGAAUAUCAAGUGAUUCAAUCGCCAAGCACUGUUGUCUCGUAAAUGCCUGGAGUUCCAAUCUGCUACCGUGUUGGAGAGUCCUGGAAGGUAUUCAGCCUGUACUGAUAUGUUGCGGCUCAGACAGAAAUGCCAAAAUUUGUUCGCCAGGUUCGUGAGUAUUGUCGAUCUCAUGCCACCCAAGUGAUUGAUGUAACGAACGGCCGAGAUAUUGUCCAUGCACAACAGUAUGGAACAAUUGAUCAUUUGUCCGAGGAGGCUCCGGAGAGUGAAUGACCCCGCUAGGAGUUCCAAAUCAUUGAUGUGGAAUUCCUUUUCUUGUGAGGACCAUUUUCCCCCUGUAGAGGUGGGACCACAAUGAGCGCCCCAUCUGAGUCUGCUCGCAUCAGAUUCUAUGAUGAGAUCCGGGGUAGUUCCGAAUAUCGCUUUGCCGUUCCAUGCUUCCAUAUGUUGAAGCCACCAUGCUAAUUCCUCUUUUGCUGCGCAGUCUAGAGGCACAGAAUCUAAGUAAGAUUGACCCAAGCGUAGAUGGGUGGCUUUGAGCUGUUGCAGGGAUCUGUAAUGGAGAGGUCCCAGGAAAAUCGCUUGUAUGGAAGCAGACCAAUUAUCCUGGCCAGUUGUCCUUUUUGAUGAGUUUUACCUUUGUGGUAGGUAGACUGAGUGUUCUGUGAAUUGCGUCUAUAUCGAAACCUAGAAAUUUUAUCGAUUUUGAAGGUUGCAUGAUUGACUUGUCCCAGUUGAUUAGGAAACCCAGGUUUUGCAGAAGAGUCAAUGUCCAAGAUAGAUGUUGGUUCAAUAGAUUGGUGUCGUGGGCCAUGAUCAGCAUGUCGUCGAGGUAUAUGAUCAUACGUACACCUCUGCUGCGGAGAAGGGCGGCUACCGGUUUCAGCAGUUUGGUGAAGCACCACAGGGCUGAGGACAGGCCAAAGGAGAGGCAUCUGAACCACCACAUAGUCUUUUCCCAUUGGAAUUGAAGUAAGUGGUGACAUUCUUUGGCGAUCAGUAUCGUGAGAUUUGCAUCUUGGAGGUCCAUUUUCACCAUCCAGUCUCCCAGUCUUAGGAGGUCCCAGAGGCAGUGUAUCCCUUCCAUCUUGAAGUGAUGGUAUGUGACAAAGGCGUUGAGAGGUCGCAGGUUUAUUACUGGCCUCAUGCCUCCACCGUUCUUGGGCACUAAGAAGAUGUUGCUUAGGAAACCAGGGGCGGUAGUGGGGACUUUGUAGAUCGCACCUUACUCUUUUAGUGUGCGAACCUCUUCUGAUACUAGGUUUUUGUCUCGUGGGGAAAAGACAAUCCGAUGUGGCACUGAGAAUUGGAUCGGGUGAUGUGAGAAUUCAAUGCGGUAAUCUAGAACGGUCUCUAGGACCCAGGCAUCUGAGGUUAGUUUGUGCCAGGCAUCGUGGAAAUGAAACAGUCUGCCCCCCACCUGUGAUAAGGAACGGGUGUGUAAAGAAAAAUGACUCACCAUAAGGUCAACGGCCAUGGGAGGAUCCCCUGGUUCCACGUGGGUGCCACGACCUGCCCCUGGUUGGGAAAAAUGGUGACUGUGUUCUGGGUUCGGGAGGAUGGAACCGUGCUAUGGCGGAGUCUCUGUAGUCCCGGUACGAAGUCCGGAAGGGGCGGCCGGACAGACAGCCCCGCUGUCUGCCGGCCCCACGAAAAACCUUUUGCGAGAACACACGCUUCAUAUUAUGUUGUGCCUUGUCUAGUGCCGUGAAAGUGCUGACAUAAUUACCCAGGGUUUUGACAAAGUCGUCUCUGAAUAGCAGACCUUUUGCCUGUGUGCCAGGCUCUGAAAUUGCCAGAUGUAUCAGUUUUGGCUCGAUUUUCAUUAAUAUGGCUUUACGCCAUUCUGUAGCCAAAGCAGUAUUGGCGUUUCCAAAUGGGCAAAUGCCUCUUUGGAUCCACCCCCUGAUGGCCAGUAAGUCAAUUGGGGUCCCCUCAGUAAGAGCCGUUUCGACCAUGUCGAAAAUUUUGGCUAUAGGCCCGAGUAUGUCCAGGACCUUGUCCUGGCAGUGUUUGAGAGAGUAGUCUAGACCCUUUUUGGCCUUCCAUCCCGACUUGCCCAAGAACCGAGCGAUCUUAGGGUCCACCUCAGGGGUCACGCAGCCCAUGUCUGGGACCAUGGGACGUGGGCAUUCCGCCCUCAGUUUACUCCUUGUGGUCUUAUCAAGGGGUUUUCUCACCCUGGUUGCUAUAUAGAUGGCCACAUGAGUUGUGAGGUACCAUUCCGCCGAGCGUGGAUUGUCCAAAGUGUCAGGUUCGAAGAGGGGUUCCCCUUGGGGUUCUAAAACAGCGCAUUCAUCUGCCUCCUGUUCAGGGUCUAUCACUGGGUGUGCAGUCUCGCUGCGUUCAGGGGACGAGUUGUCUGAAUAAAUUGGGUCAAUUGCCUCGGACCCAUCUGAAGCCUCCUCUGAGUCCGAAUCAGAGUCGUACGAAUCAGGUAGGGCUUUUGCCCGCUUCCAAUUCCGCACCGCUUUUGCCCGGCGGGGGGCUCUUUUACGUGGGAGCACCACGUCCUCAGUUUCAACUGGGCACAACCUGUCCGUCACACUGGUUUUGUAGGCGACACCUGUUAGAUGGUGUGAUUUGCACAUAGCCUUGUGGCCGCUAGGGACCCUUGGCUUGCUAUCAGCGGGUAUAGGGGGUGCUGAACUGGGGGUUCUGCCGGAUGCCAUAAUGGCGGAGGAGAUAGUGUGUGACAGGGUGUCUGACAUCCCUCCCAUGGCAUUAAAUAUAGCCUGUGUCACUGACUUGUUCAUUCCUCUGAGUUCACGUGGUCCUGGGAUGCUUCCUCACCACCCCUGCUGUAAUAUGCUUGCUAGGCUUAGCAGAGGCAGAGGGGGCAGAAACCUAUUUGUCAGCCUGGGACUGCAUACUGGCCAGAAUUUAAUACAAAGCUUGAGUUGGGGAAACAGGCACUACUAGUAUGGUGGUUAAUGGGGAAUGGCACAGGGCAACUGACACCCCUUAUAGUGGGUUAUGACCUAGGUAUGGAAAAACAAGUGUAGAAAAAACUCUGCCUGCACAGUAUUAAAUCACUUGAGGGCAAAGGCACACUAUAUGGCACAUGAAACAAGGUAUUGCACAAAUAAUAUGGCAGCUUACCAAGUGUUCCCUCAGGAAUGACUCCUGGUAAGCCGCCCAACACCUCCACUAGCCCAUCAGCUCGCUUGACGAGUGACGCGAGCGACGGGUGAAAAAGGCGACAAAAUCGCCAAUCGCAAGAUGGCCGCCGCCAUGCGCGGGAGUGAACCGCGCAUGCGCUGGCGACUGAGAUAGCGGUUAUUAAUAGCUGCAAUCCGUCGGGUGGUUAGACUGCUCGUUAUGAGCUGCGGAGAUGAGGAGGAGGUGGAGGAGGAUGGAAGGGGGAGGGGAUGGGGAGCUGUGGAAAAAAAACUGGGUUAUAAACAACCGUGCGGCAGUGCAGAGUGGAGGCUUGCCCCAGGGGAGGGGCAAGUACCCUGCACUGAGGAAACAAGAGAAAACAGAAACAAAACACUAGAGCAGUAAAACACAUCAAUAAUAAUUAAUGGAAAAUGAUCUGCAAGGUACAUUAACACUAGGGAAACACCUAAAUACAGCACAAUUUUUUCAGAGCAGAAAAAUAUGAGGUACUUAGCUGAGGCAGCAGCAAAGAAAGAGGGAGUGGCUUAGGUCACAUGAGGGGACAUAGUACAAGGACUGAUCCCAUUGGUUAAUAUAUCUGGAAUGUUAUAUGGUUAACCCUUAAGGGUAUUUGUUUUCUUGUUAUUGCUAUAUUAAAAAUAUCAAUUUCCUUUCUCUGCUGCUGAGGAAUAAAGAAAGAGAUAAAGCGUAAUAUGAGCCUCUGUGUCCUUUAAUAAAAUUAUUGUAUUUUCGUUAUAUUGUAUAGCACUACUGGAAUUUUUGUACUUUUAACGCUAUCAUUUGUCUUUUCUUGCACAUGGAUUUUUGAUGUAACCAGCUGAUGCAAAUACUUAAAAACAUUUUUGAAAAUGAUCAUUCAUUCUUUCAGGAGUUGUAAGGAAUGCAGAGACGCAGCCCAGCUGUCUGCAGAACACGGGCUUUUUGUAAAAAAAAAAAAAGCUUGAAUAUUUAAGAGGAUAGGUAAUACUGUAACCAGAUUAUUUUGAGUCCUGGAGCAAAGUGUAGGAAAUGGAAGAGAACAUCCAAAAAAACUUUUAUGAAGGAACAUAUUGUGGAUUUGGCUGGAGUCAUGGCUUGUAUUUCUGUGGACAAUUUUAAAAUCUGAAGCUGGUAACACACUGGGUUGUGUGUACAAGGUAAUGAGAAGUAUGGGUAUCAGGAAAUGGAGAAAAAAAAUCCAUAAAUCAGGAAUACUAACAGAGCAUCAAACCAAUUGGAAUAAUAAUACCUCACAUUUGGCUAACUGCUACCUCCUGGGCACCACCCAUCAAAACCAGAAUAGUUAUUCUACAUAUCAUUUCACUCAGAGGCAUGUUUAACUGCAAUGAAUGGGCUCUGUACAUUAAAAAGACUGAUGCAAUGUUUAUGCAUUGGAAUGGUAAAGAGGACAUGUGUGCCAGGAGGCUGUUUCACAAAUGCAUAAUUCUAGUUCAAAACACAAAGGUGGUAGCAACGCUGGCUACGGUCUGGCACACCCAGGAUCUCAGCGCAGGACAGGGAUGUUGCUAGAUUCUAGAAGCACCUGGGGCUUAAGCCCAAAGCAAAAGAUGAUGACUCCUAGAAUAACAGUUAUAACAUAUUCCUCCCUUUAUAUGUUAUGUCCCCUCCUGUCCAACUAUGAUCUCAAUGAAAGCAUAGCCACAAACAAGGACAUGCUACACAGUAUUCAAUGUGAUCCCACCCCUGUAUUUAAGUAUUUAGAAAAUUGGGCAGACUAGAUGGGCCGAAUGGUUCUUAUCUGCCGUCACAGUCACAUUCUAUGUUUAGUUGAACUAUCUUCAUAAUUUUUCUGUAUUAGUGUACAUAAUUAACAGAGACACGAUAUCGCCAUAUUCUUAACAGAAAUGCCUGGGGUCUUAGAGUUUUUCUCCUUAUUGACAACAAUUUUUUCAGACUUUAUUUGGGUGGUAAGAUUGGAAAAUUCUUCUUUAUUAGGACAUCCCACAGCUCACUAGUAGAAGUAUUCUAUGGAUGUAUUCUUUAGCCUUCAAUGUGCUGAUCUAUUUUCUAACUCAAUUUUAAUUUUGUCACGUCCUGUUCCUGCUGUGGAUCAUUUCUGGCGAUGGCUUUUGCUAUCCAGUACUCUUUUUACAAUUCUUGUUUAGUUUUUCUUGGUUUUUCUGGUUUUCUAUUCCAUGUCUGGUUUCUUUAUGCUGGGUUUUCUGGAUUCAUUCCUGUAUUCCGUUCCUGGAAUUCCAAGGUCUUGGAUUCCUUUAAAUGUUUGUUUUUUGUUGCUACACCCGUUCCUUUGCCAUUAAUCCUUUUAUUUCAGUCUGGCCCUGCAGGCAGUAGUUUCAUUUCCUCUGCUCAUUCCUUUGCAGGUAAGUGCUGCGUGUGUUUUAUUAUUAAUUAUUUGGUCAUUCAUAUCUAAGCAGUUAGGACCCACCGUAAUUGGAGUACUUUGGCGCAGUGGUGGGCUGCAUACAUCUUGGCCAUUUAUAUAUGUCUAAAUCUCCAAUGUUUAUUACACAUAUUAGUACUUAGUUAUGUCUCCUCUUGUAUCUCUUGUCUUGUUUUAUUUUGUCUUCCCAGUUCAUGUACAGUCUUGUCCCGUCCAUGCCUUGUUCUGGCUUCCCUCAUGUCUUGUGUACAUGUUCUGGACUUUGCUUUCUGUCCUUCUUCGGUUCUGAGUUUGUCUAAUCUAGUCUUGUCUUAUUUGGUGCCUGUUCUACUCUUGCCUUGUCUCUAGUACUGGAUACAUAACUGCUGCAGAGCCUCCCUAUCCAAAUCCUGGGAGGUCUGCAUAUUUUCUCCUAGUUCCUGUGAUCCGCAGAAGCUGCAUCAGGGCCCUGUGGCUGCACAAACCCGGGUGCUCAACAAGAGGGGGCGUGUGGUUACCCUGCACCAGGCCCUGAUUGUCCAUUUGUUCUUUACGACUUGAUUUUUUUAAGGAUUUCAUUGAGGAGCAUCCUUUUAAAUACAAAAAAACUUCCCUUUUGAGGUAUUGAAUGUAUUCUAAAAUUAACUACGUAAUACGUAAUUAUCAAACACAUGAACUUGUACUUCUUUGCGACUAUGACAUAAUUUAUGGCAUGGAUCCCUUCCAUUUAUCUCCAUUUAUAUUGUCAGUCUAUGUGGUCCUUUUUGAUGAUGUGUACACACUUGAGACAUCAUGACCCUCUGUAACCAAUCACAACCCAGUAUAGGGUAUUUAUACUAGCCCGGCAGUUCUUACAUCCGGUACAUGUUCUUUACUGUUUCCUAUAGGUUUUGGUAUCUCCAUUUCUGACAAUCACAUAGGGUCCAACAUGAGCACAAAGAUGUGGAGUGUGCAGUAAUUGAUUUUCCCAGUAGGUAGUGUAGCUAGGCACCUGGACCCUGGACCUUCCCAUAGACCUUGGACUAAGAAAUUGGCAUAUUUAACAUUGCUUCUUACUCCCUAUAUUGAUAGCAGAUGGAGAUGAACUACACCUUGAAGAAGAGGAGUAAUGGCAAGUCAUAGUCACUUUAUGAUAUCCUGCUGUCAUGUGAAAGGUACUAAUCUGGUACAGAUGGUGCAUGUGAAGAACAUAUGAGAUUACUAUUUGUUAUGAUGUCUGAGCUGGGUGCAGUUGCAUAUCCGUCUAUAUUUUUUACAAAUUUUUUUAGAGAUGGUCAUGGCAGAAUUAUUAUAGGCACCUAAAAUACUUAUAAUAGAGAUCGUUCAAUAGAAGCAGGGGGAAUGGACGGGCAGGACAGUGAAUGACCCUGACACGGAAUAUGGAGCAGCGAUACAGCGGGCAACAACGUGCAUGAGAACACAUGUGGGGACAAGGGGUAAGGAGAACGGAUUGAGGGGAAGCCUCAGGGUUUACGACAUGAUAACCGUGUCUACCGCAGCUAUGACAUCUUAUACUAUGUUUUGAUCUAAAUUAAUUUUUCUUGUUACUGGAACUUGAGACACUAUUAACUAUGUAAAAAUGUGGCCUAUAUGAAACUGUCAAUUUAAUUGUUUUGCUGCCACAAUACAAAUAAAGAAUUAAAAAAAAUAUUUAUAGAAUUCUGGAAAACACAAAGCAGACUAACAUUUGAAAUUAUGACAACAGAAUGAAAUAAGCUGCAUCUCCAGUAUCCAAUCAAAAUAGCAGCACAUAUCAUAUUAAUAAGUAAUAUAUCGUUUCAAAUAUCUUCUAAAAAUAGUGUCUCCCUGGCUAAGUUAUUUCUUCUUAUUACAAGCCUAAAUUUACAGCCAUAUGACAGGCUUUUCCCCCAAAGAUCUCAUAAUUUACAAAAAUAUUUCCUUCCCUUUUAACUUAUAAUUAACACUGAUACGCAUGCAAAACUGGAAUCACAACCAUAAGGGAUCUCAUAUAAUUUCUACCAGAGAGAUCAUCCCAUGACAAUUGAUCAAAGUCCGCUGAAGGCUGUUCAGCUGUUUCACAUAUAACAUAAAUUUUAAAGAAUAACAGAACAGGUUUUAAUAGACCAUGUGUCACUUACUGAACCUUGAUAGGUCACCCCUACAGACAGUUACACAUUUCUUACUGUGCAUGCUUUAUCGUGUCUGAUGACUUUUAAUUAUAAAUAGUUGCUUGUACCAGUGGACGAUUCACCUUAAAGGUCGCAUGCUGGACUGCAAAUAACAGUGCCUUCAUUUUUUGUGUAGAAGACGAGAGCUAUAAUAAAUCUAUGGUUGAGAAAACUUUUGUAGACUCUCUUAAAUAAGUUGAAACAUAUCCUAUGAUAGUCCUUGUGAAUCAGAUAUAAGAUAAGGCCAGGGACUAAUGAAAGUAUUUAGAAAAUUUGGCAGACUAGAUGGACCGAAUGAUUCUUAUCUGCCGUCACAUACAAUGUUUCUAUGUUAUAAGCUGCUGAUUUAGGGACACCUAUGAAACAUACAUGUUUCAUGGCUGUCUUUUAACAAAUACAGUCCAGGAGUAAUGAUUUUUUUUCCACAGACAUCCCUAAAUCAAGCAUUCCUAUGGAUGUUCUUAUACUAAAAACCUACUAUGUUACUGGAUUCAUUUUCGCAUUAACUUCUGGUUUAAUCUAUUAAUCUAAUCUAUCCAUUACCCUGCGUUUAAAUAUCCAUUGGUUCCUGCUCAUUUGUACCUUAAAUCAGGUUCCCACCUGUUCCCAGGAAUAAGGUCGGCUUCUAGAUGUCAGCAAUAUAGACUGUGUCACAGAUGAUAAUCUAAGUGCUGCAGUCACAAACAUUCUACGGGUCCAACCGUGAAGACACAUGGUUGUAGAGUAGAAGCUCUGCUCUGUGGUUUACUAUAUCCCAUGUAAGUCCAUGUAAUCUAUGCUACCAGGCAUUCUGGACCAUUUGAUAGUUCCUCUAUCACAAGCAAGAAUUCGGAAAUCUGUCUUGUCCAUCUUCAUUUUAGGAAAUCUUUUUUUGGACCAAGCUCAAUCCACUGUUGACCUAUUGUGCUCACCUUGAAAUUUGAAGGAAAAUGCAUGUUAACUCUGCUGUUUUAAAGAAUAACUUGACUAGGCAUGGGCACUCCAUCUACUCCUGCGCCAGUGCAGUUGCAUGUUUAUGCACCAAUCUCUGGACCACCAUUAUGCUCCUUUUUGGAGAAUCGACUAACUGGACACAAGUCAAACUGCCAUCAUCUAAGACACAUAACCAACAGGGACAGUUUGCAAAGUUAGUUUCCAAAAUUACCACCAUAUUGUGCCCUAAGCACAACUUGUUGUCCCCCUCCUUCUCUCCCCCCCAAACUUACUCUCCCUAAUUCCACCCUCUAAUCUCUGUUUUUCUUCUGACAAUGUGUACAAAGCCAUCCAAGGUAAAGAGUGUAAGGACGUGUAGCCCAGAACCUGCCGCCUAUCAUUGCCAUUCACGGUUCGAUAGCUUGGUAUGGGCAAUGCAGAAAUGAUACUUCCACAUUAUUUAAGUUGCAGCUAAUGGGACAGACAUUGGGUGCUUCAAAGAAGAUUUGACAACAGAUAAGGGGAUGAUACCAACUGACUUUGUGCCCCAUAACCACUACACAACUGUUAAAAGCUAUGGUGCUUAGAGAUUUCCUUCAAGGGGUCCUUUGCUAGUUAUUGUCAACUAUGCAUUUUCAUUAUUUCUCUGUCAAGUUAUCUGUCAGAUUCAAGACUAAUUUACAUUAUGCUUCUCCUGUCUUCAUCUUGUGCCAUUUUUAUAAAUACACAGUGCUUAAUUGUGCUCCUUUAAACAGGGGCAAUCGUCUGGAUCAUUCUGAAUUCAAUUCAAGUUUUGGAUCAUUCAAGUUUUGAGAUAAUUAAAGUCCCAGUAUAAGCAUUAACAACCUUUUGGCAGUUUUAGACAACCUUGGUUUAUUAAUGAAUGUUCCAGUGUAGAAUACAGUCACCUCUAGUGAUAUAAAUUAUUAUUUUUAUUCAUUGUUCUUCUCUUGCACCUGGUGAAUUAUGUGUGAUAAACAAUUGUUCCGUGUGCCCCUAUUAUUCAUUCUGCUUUUGUUUUAUGGCUUUAUGAUGCAAUAUUAACUGCUUAUUAGAUAACGUUCUGUUCUAUCCACACUGUUACCAGAGAAACUAUUAAACACUACACACCACACAGAAUAUAAUCACUACAAACAAUCCCUGAAAUUUUCUUAAGUGUUUUCACUGAAGCAAGUUUAGUUUUAUUCUAAUAGGGCAUACUAAUCUACACACUAGUGUUCCCACAACUAAACCAUAAUACCCCCAAUAUUUGACACAAAUUUUGUAAUUUUGAGUGUAUUGGUAUAAUAUACCACCAACCCCCUCAACCCCCCCAAAAAAGAAAAAAUAUGUCUUAGUCAAUUAAGAAUGAUUAAAAUUAAUGAUGAAAAUAACCCCUACUGCCACUGUACAUUGAUAACAAUACAUAUUCAUUACUUUACUAUAAAUGGAAAGAGUAAAAAGGCAAAGAAGACUCUAGUUCCGAGAAAUUCCCAAGGCUUAAUUUUUUAAAUAUAUUUGUAAAUCUUCAUCAAACUAUUUUCUUUUUUUUGUGUUAUAACAUUCCAUUUCGACACGUCACCAUGUUAUGAAGAUCAUCAACCUUAUGAAAACUCUAUGGCUACAUCAACAACAACUUCCAAUCUUUAAACUAUAAUUUUAAAACAAAACAAAAUGAGACUCUAUGGUAUGUAGAGUCCUCUUGCUCACAUAACACUGACAUGACAAGAUUGACAAUAUUAGGUUGUUUGACAAGAUUAGUUUGCUUGUUGAUUGUUGAUUGGUAAACAUGUGCACCGCGGGAAAGAAAACGUUCUAAGCAAACGACUUUUGCCAAAAUAAUUUUUUUUUCAAAAUGGCCGAAUUUCAGCCAUAUGGUGUUUUGGCUUGGCCAAAUUUCGUUAACAAAGAAAGAUUCAACUAAACAAGUUAGACGAACCAUGAGGAUCAAAAACAGGGCAAUUGGGGUACUUCAAAAAUAUAUAUAUAUAAUAUGAAUAUAAUGUAUUGACUAAAGAGCAAAAUGUUAAUUGUCUUGAAUUGACAGCCUAAUUACAAAAUUUAGGACAAUAUGCGCGGCAUGUGGCUGUUCUCCAUUUCUCAUAUAGUUUUCAAUUCCAUUGAAUACUCGCUAAUAUUUUUUCUGUAAUGAAAAAAACACCAAGACAAACUAUUAAGUAUUGUAGUAAUUUUGUUAUUUCAGUAACAUUAUUUUGCAUACAAUCAUUUAUUAAACAAGUAGAUUUAAAUGCAAAAGAAAUAUAUACAGAACUUAGUGGCAAGGUGAUCACAGUCAACACACCGGUUAAAACAGUGGAGCACUUAAUUAUGUGCAAAACAUAUACACUUACCCCUUACUUAUAUAUUUAAAUGUUUGCUAAAUUACUGCUGUUGAUUUCCAUAUAUUGCAUAGUUAAACAAUGUUUAUGUCUUUGAAUAAUGUGAGUUUAUUAGUAGACUAGCAUAUAAAAGAAAUAGGACACUCUUGGGUCAUACUUUUUACUGGUGAAAAUUUAUACUGCUUCACGCAUAAACAGAUUAGGGCAUUAAAGAAUGCUAGCAUCGAUAUUUCAUUCCCGUACGGAACUUUUAUCAAGACUUAUACUGAAUGGAGCAGUGUAAGUUUUCAACACUUAAGACCCAAGAGUGCAAUCUAUCCUGUUAAUAUAUUGUUCAGGCAAAGUUAGCAUCAGGACGUUAAAGACAUUUGAGGAAAAAAGAGGGUGCAAGGCCCGUGGACAUUCAAAAUAUGCACGUAUAGGCGUUGAAUGCAAACUUAUAAAAUAAGCAUUAUAUUAUGUACGUUGCAGAUGUAUGCAUGUCAAAAACACGUCUGUGUUCCAAGGCAUUGUGUAUACACCUUCUUUAUCCAGGACAGGUCCCAAAAGGAUUAAAAAAAAGCUGAAAUGAAACACAUCCAAUUGGUUUUACUAUUGUGAUUUACAAUGAGCUUGUUGUAAUCCCCAUCAUUUCUAUAAAAUUGCUUUGUUUCAGAUAUUGCUUAAGUCCUGGCAAAGAUGCAUGGGAAAUGCACGCAGACAUAUAUAUUAUAUAAAUUGAAGAUUCUCUACUUUCAGAACUCGCUGAAUCUUGACAUUUUCUUGGGAAAUAAAACCAUGUCUGCAUGUAGGUUAACAAGCAAAGGGCUAAGAUCUGAUAUAAAUAUGGUAAAGAAAUUAGCACAGCAAAGUCAGAAUUGUACUUACAAAAUUGCUGAAAUGUAGCAUAGUGAAUGUUUAGCACAGGUGUCUUUAAUUUAUGCCUCUAACUCUGAGUGCGAUCCAAAGGGAAAACAUUAUAUUUUACAUGUAUUAUUCUGUCCUGUUUUAACUAGAUUGGGCAAAAUGGCGCUUUCCACCCUGGGGUAAAUGGUUCAAGGUAUUGCUUGUGCUUGCUAAAAUAUUCUCAUUAUCAGAACUAGUUGUUAUAAUAUUUUCAACUUCAACAGUAAUACACCAGCUGUGAAUCUGAAGAUAUAGAAGAUUUAGCUGACUUUAAAGGAACACUUUGAGCAUUAUAACAACUUCAUAAGAAUAAAGUUGUUAUUGUGCCAGGAGGUCACUUCAUGAACAGUUUAACCACAAAGUCUCUAAUCCAGUUAAUCCAAUAAAUUCUGCCACUGUUCUACGACUUCUCUCCAAUUCUUGAAAGAGGAAGCCUUGGACAGCCUUGAACAGGAGUUCCGCUGAUUGUUUGUGUUUGGAGCUACUGAUUGGCUUAGCGCAUCAGCACACUCUCAGCCAAACUUUGGCACCACUGCCCGAGGCUGUUUGAUGCUUCCUCUUUCAAGAAUCUCAAAGACGUGGAAGGACGGGGCUGAGCUAAAUGGUGCAGGAUUGAAGACUUUGGAGUUACGCUGUUAGUCAACAGUUUAAUCCCUAGUAAGUCAGCUCCAGGGACCUACUGACUCCAUAACAUCCUCAUUCUGAUUAAGUUCUUAUGGUGCGACAAAUGUUCCUUUAAUUCUACCAAUGUCUUAUAUCCUGAACGCUAUUUUUUUUCAAUGCAUUCUACAAUGUUGUGGCCCAUUUAAAAUGAAUAUUCCGUUACCUUAUGCAAACAUAUUUCUGCACUAUAAUUAGUAGUAUUACUCCACAAAGGUAAUCUCUUUCAGGUAAAAAAAAAUCUAAUCAUCAAAGCAACUCAAAAAAAAAUUUCUAUUCAAGAAUACAAGUUACAGGGUUUUCAUUUAAACCAGGUGGAGCUAUAUUUCCUGGCUUAUAAAUCACAAAGGCUUCUCAUCUCUAGAUACAUUUAUUUGUACUAGUUCUACCUUCUACACAUUCUAUUGCCAUCGAUGUAAAAUAAUCCCUUGGAUUAUCUAUACAAUCCAUUAUGGAUUACCAAUCCAAUAUAAUUUAUUAUGAAUAUUAUGGACGAUCUAUUUAUUGAUACAAGUCAGGAUUGAUGGUUGGGCUUAAUGGAGAGUCAAUACAGAGGUGUAAUGUUAAAAACUAGAAGUAGUAUAAUGGCUACAAGACAAGUCAAGGCCAAGUAAUAGAAAGAUCAGGGUAACAAAAUUACGAGCCGGGGUUAAGGAACAGAGAGAUCAGAAUAAUCCAGGUAAAAAAAUUAGAAAAGAGAAAAGUACAUUGUGCUAUUACACCUACAACCCCGCCUACCCCCCACAAAAUUAAAGAUUCAGAAAAGGGCACCCCAUUCAUGAGCUGCGAAGAACAUGGUUUCCUUAACAUCAGUAAAAUAAUAACAAAGGUAUGAACUCCCAGAGAUGAUCUUUUAAAUCCAAAAGGAUUUAUUAUCCCCCGUAGGAUAUUAAAGCCAAAACGUUACAAAACCACCACAAGCAAUGAGAAGUGCAUAUCCAUGAUACAGAUUAAACAAAUCAUAGCUACAAAAAGUUACGUAUAAACAUAUACUGGUAGAAGACAAUUUUAGAAAAAAAAACAUGAAUCUGCAUAGAUGAUAUGAGCAGAAAGAAUGUAUUGCUGAAUUAUCUCUCUGGUUUUGUAGUGUUCUCCAUGUGUGGUAAGUGCUGUACCUGUAUUGUAAAUAUUCCAUAUUUUAGAUACCACAAUCACUCUUUAUAUAUUCUCCUGGUAAACAAUUGCGAAACGAGUAGUAACAUACCCCGACAUUCCAGAUUUACUACCUGCAUUUUAGAUACACUGUGGUACAACACGUUUGUUUCAUAAGGGCUUAGAUUGAAAGAUAUUGCAAGUCAUUAUGUCAGCAAAUUAGACGUACAUGCGAGAGAUAACUUUUGGUGAGAGGAAGUUUUUUUUUGCAGAUACUGAGUUAGAACAGAUAACUUAAAAUUAAAAAUUAUUACUCCAACGUAAAAAGAGUACUCAUAGGCUUCAAAAUAAACAAAAGUGAAGAUUUAUUUUCAGCAGAUGUGCCUUUGCAUGUAAUCAAUGUUUCAGUCCAACUACCUUGACAUAUGAAGGAAAGCUUGGUAAUGGGACUGAAAUGGUGAAUGUAUGUAGGGCACAACUGUAAAAAUGUUUAUUUUGAAGUCCUGUGGGUGUGCUCUUCACUUUAAAUAUGUUAUUGUGCUGGAGUAUGCACCUAGCAACAAGACUGGGCCAAUAUCUGCUCAUUACAUAUGUUACAUAUUAAUGACAUUUCUCUGUGUAUUAUGCAUAUAUAAAUGUACAUUAAUAUGUGUAAAUAUAAUAGGCAUAAUUCUAUAUAUAUAUAUAUAUAUAUAUAUAUAUAUAUAUAUAUAUAUAACUAAUACACACAUUAAUAUACAUGUCAUAUACCAGUGGCGGAUCCAGAGCCUGAUCCCGGGAGGGGCACUUGUAGAUUAUUUAAAGAAAUAUUCCAUGCACAAUAACCACUACUCCUCUGUGUAGUGGUUAUGGUGCCAAGAGUGUCAGCACCCCCUCCCAGAGUAAGUAGUCAAACCGUUUAAGAACAGUUUGACAACUUACCUGGAGUCUGCUGGGAUAUGGGGCUGUAGUAGGGUAUAGGAGCAGUGGUGCAAUGUGUGGGGGGUGUAGUGUGUGAAUGUGUAGCGUGUCUGGGGCAGUGUGUGUAUGGGGGGCAGUGUGUGAAUGUGUAUGGUGUGUGUGGGGGCAGUGUGUGAAUGUGUAUAGUGUGUGUGUGGGGGCAGUGUGUGUAUGGGGCUAGAGUUCACUCUCAGUACUGCGACCACCAGGAAUCCCUGGUGGUUGCAGUGGUGAGAGUGAACUCUAGCCCGUAGCUCCAGGGCUAGAGUUCACCCUCGUGAGAGCCGGAGUGUUGCCGUGGUAACUGCGGCAACGCUCUGUGCUCGCGCGAGAAUGACCCAGUGGACCUGCAGGUUGAGCUCCCGGGUCCUCUCUUCCUCCCUCCCCUGCCGGCUGCCCACACAGUGCCUGCGGAAUGGGGAGGAGAUCGGCCAGCAGGGAGAAGCCCCGUUGCCCCCCAUCCACCAGUGAUAUAUACAGCCCCUAUGUGUGUCUCUUUUUAUCUUCAGCCCCUCUGUGUGCCUUUUUGUCUCCCCCCAGUCACUCU